AUGAGUCAAUCCGGUCAGCCACCUCCAUCCGGCAAGCCUCGGGUUGAGCACAAGGAUGAUACGCCUAAGCCCGUCAAUUUUGGCGUUAUUGUCUUUCCAGCGUUCCAGCAGCUGGACCUGUUCGGUCCGCUGGACGCGCUCAGCCUCCUGUCGCGCUCCCACAAAAUGAACCUGCACAUCAUCGCCGCAACGCUGGAUCCCGUGUCAACAAAGCAACUUGCAGCCAUCGGCGAUGGCAACCACCAACGACCACUGACAGAGUCCCCCGAUUUCGGAACUUCCAUCUUGCCAACCCACACCUUCGAGACGGCACCACCCCUGGACGUGCUGGUGGUUCCGGGUGGCCAGGGCACGCGAGCGCAGUCUGCAGCCAUAUCCGGGUCCAUUGAGUUCAUCAGACAGAGAUUCCCCUCGCUGCAGUAUCUCAUAACCGUGUGCACGGGGGCAGGACUCGCUGCUCGGGCCGGCGUCCUCGACGGCAAGCGUGCGACGACUAACAAGUUGGCGUGGGAGUCCACGACAGCGUUGCGUCCCCAGGUGGACUGGAUCCAUCGCGCACGUUGGGUGAACGAUGGCAAUAUAUGGACGUCGUCGGGAAUCAGCGCCGGGAUCGAUGUGACUUUUGCAUGGAUUGCACAUGUCUAUGGGGCUGAUGUGGCGAAGGACAUUGCUGAUCGAAUGGAGUAUACUCGUGUGACGGAUCCUAAUGAUGAUCCGUUCGCGGGCUGA